AUGGCAGGAGAGCACCCACCAACUCUUCCUGAAGAGAUCACGUCCCCGACCGUGGCUCAUUCCCAACCGUUGGUGACUCAUGCUCCACCACCUCAGACUCCUGUGGUCAUACCACCGGUCCCGCCACCGAUAGCAUCGGCGUCAUCCAAUUCCGGUGAUUCUGCACGGAUCACAACACUUGAGGGAAUAGUCAACCAGUUGGCAGCCAACAUGGCCACCAACAUGACAGAGCUCAUGGCUCUACUCAGGGAUCAAAAUCGGGCUUCCUCGAGCUACACCCCGCCUCCGGAAAACAAGCAAACAAUGGAUCUGAAUCCAGCAGUCCCUCCGACUUUUGUUUUGGAAAGCAAGGAGGGCAUGCGGCUGCCUCCUAAGAUCAAGAUUCUAGAUUUCAAGAGGUGUGACGGGACUACGGAUCCACGGCAUCAUCUCCGCCAUUAUCGGAGUAAAAUGUUGUCGUACUGGGAUUACGAGGAGUUUGUCAUUCAGAUAUUCCAAGAUAGUCUUACAGGAUCGGCGCUAGAUUGGUUUAUGACGUUGAAAGCUGCCGAGAUCCCCACUUGGGCGGGUCUCUCUCAAAAGUUCUUCAACCAGUACCGAUUCUGUAUGAAGACACCCCCUACUCUCCUUGAUUUGAGCAUGAUGGAGAUGAGAAAGAGUCAAACCUUUGAGACAUAUGCAGCGGAAUGGUAG